AUGUUUUGUCAGCCUCUGUACCCACAGAGAGAUUCUUCCUCUUCCAUACUUCUUUUGACUGUUGAGUGGGAUCAUCGACCACCGCUCAUCCACGAUGCCUUCUUUCAAGAAGAAGCUUUCGCUCUCACUCUCGCGAACAAAGGUCAAAAGAUCUUCCGGUCCAUCAAAAGUCCAUUCAGGAAGGCCGAUCGCGCCAAAUAUGAGCCUGCUACAACUCCUGUGGUAGACCAACAUGUCCAAGAUGAUGUUCCUGAGGACUCCGAGGAGCAAGGUGCCGGUAAAAAGACAGCCAUUCAGUUCCAAGAACAAACCUCGCCUGCCAGCAGUGAUUAUGCCUCUAGCACGUCGCUGUCUGAUCAAGAAUCUGAUAGAUUUUCCGGAUCCGAGACUUAUUUCGAUGCUCAGGAAAUCAUUCUCGACCCUAGCGAUCACGAGGUUGCGGUUCGUGAUGAUGAAACCGAACCCACGAGCAACAUGAACACUCAACACCAUCAAGUCAACAUCCUUGGCAGUGAAGAGAAAAAAGACAUGACCAAAACCGAUACGGGGCUCGACCAACAGCAGCAGCAUGACGCUCGCCUGACCCUACAAAAGCUCUCGCCAGAAUUGAUAAUCGAGAUCAUGCUACUUCUUCCACACAGCAGCCUGUAUCUUCUCCAACAGACAUGCCAAAAGUUUCGCCAGAUCUCAAAGCGAGAUACAUUCAAGACAUUCAACCUCGAGUUUCGAGGCGGACCAGAGAGCUAUUGUAUCAGCGAGAAUGGCUACCAACAACGAAAGGUCAUUCGGGACAUUCUUGCUCGCAGGACUCUCUGUCAAGAAUGUAACUCCCACCGCGAUUCGGGCAAGUUGCAAGGAGUGAUGCAGAAGCUCUACGAGCUGCAGUACUGUCAUGGAUGUAAAGCCAGACAUCCUGCACUGUUCUUUUCUCCCGAGGAGAAAGGGAAACAGUAUACGCAGUGCUUGGGUCGAAUGGGAAAUUUCCCGCUCUGCUCGCAUGAGACUUUUAUAGGCCCUGAUAUGGUCACUCUGUCCAAUGUCGGUGGAAAGCAAAGAUCGGUAACGUGCGAGGAUUUGAGUCACAAAUCAUUCCCUUCAGGUUCCCUCUCCGAGAUAAGCUAUGUCCCCCAUGGUUUUCUCGAUAUCUCAUCAGCUUCAGCUUGGAACCAUGGCCCCAUGAAGCGCCACAUGUAUUUCAUUCUCACAGCAACUAUUCACCUUGUCGUUCUUGAUGGAAGCUCAGACAAACAUAUGGAAGAAGCCAUUAGGCAGCUAAAAAAAGGGUUAUACACCGUGAGCGACCCAAAAGCCCUCUGCGCGCAUUUCUCUAGCGAGAUCCUCGAAGAUUGUAUGGCCUCCGAUCCAUCCAAGUGUUCAUGCUUCCCCCGAUCAGAGACAGGGCUCCAAAAAUGCACGUUAUUGAGCCCUGUUACCAACGCAAUCUGCAAGAUUUGCGGCGCAGAGUAUCACCUAAGUCUGAGGCAAGUCGGACGACCGCCUCUAAUCCCCACAUCGGCAGCAAGAGGAUCAGCGAAAACAAAGCCUCGCGGAAAAACAAUUAUAGAUCUCAAGAUCAAAAGAGACAUUGCCAUGAAAACCUUCCUCCACCCCUCGUGGCUUUUCAAUCUCAACUAUAACCAGGAUAAGGAGUGCAACUCACGACUCAAACGAAACCCUCUCCUGGACGAGGAAAUGAAACACAUACUCUGGUGCGACGAUUCUGGCUGUGCGACAGGGUCUGAACGUUGA